AUGCGUUCAACCACCGCUGUCUCUGCUCUUCUCGUCGCCGCUUCCGCUACUCAUGUUCUUGCCUUCCCUAUCGCUCCCGCGAGUGGUAGCGGGGCGAUCAACUGGAAGAAGGCCGGACACUAUACGGGCGAAGUUGCAAGUCUCCUUAUGAAAGUCAUUCGUGAGGACCCGAUUAUGGCUCGCGCCUUCGAGGACGAGCUCAGGGCGCGCGAAGCGCCUGCAGGCAGCGAGGCCCUUCAUAUCAACUGGAAGAAGGUCGGAAAGAAGAUCGGAAGCGUGGCCAGCAAGGUCGGAGGUGUCUUGGCGCACUUCCUGCGUGAGGAGGACCCGAUCAUGGCUCGCGCUUUUGACGACGAGCUGUUGGCUCGAGCGUUCGACGACGAGCUGUUGGCUCGCGCCUUCGACGACCAGCUGUUGGCUCGCGCCUUCGACAAGCAGCUGUUGGCUCGCGCCUUCGACGACGAGCUGUUGGCUCGCAAUGAGCCUGAAGAGGGUAGCGAGGCUCUCCAUAUCAACUGGCACAGCAUUGGCAAGGAUUUAAAGCAGUUCGGUGAAGGUGUGGUCGGUAUGAGGGAGGAUGCGUUUGAAGCACGCGACUACGUGCUGAGCGAACUGGACUGA